UCGUGUUAUGGAAAGUCGGCUGGUGACUCCCGGCCCCUUUCGUGCCACCAAGCUGUGGAAUGAAAUUACUAAAUAUUUUCGGGCAGGAAUGCCACGAAGAAAACAUAGACAACACUUUAAAAAAUAUGGCAAUUGUUUUACUGCAGCAGAAGCAACUGACUGGCUUCAUGAAUUGCUCAAAAGCAAUAAUAAUUUUGGCCUUGAAGUAACUAGGCAGCAAACUGUUCAGCUGUUAAGGAAGUUUCUGAAAAAUCAUGUGAUUGAGGAUAUAAAAGGAAGAUGGGGCUCAGAAAAUCUAAAUGACAACAGUAAUUUGUACAGAUUUCCUUCGACGUCUCCUGUUAGAAGUCUGCCAAGUCGAUGUCCGUUACGUGAGAACAAAAAUAUUAUUCCUAAAGAGCCAGGAAAUACAGUUAAGUUGCCACAUUUCUCCAGGAUAACCCCUAAAAAAUGUGAACGACUGAAAUGUCAGGAAAAUGCAGAAAACUUAAAUAAUGACACUGUGCAUGAGGAUACACAGAAAACGGCACAUGGCAGAAGCAUAAGCCAAGCAGACAUAGAAGAAAUUUGGAGAAGCAUCAUUUUGAUACAUUUGCAAACAAUUUUAGCUGUACCAUCCUUGGAAGAAGUUUUGCACCCAGCACAAAUACUUCCUCAGCACAUCGUAUACAACAUGAUGAAUACGGGUAAACGUGGUGUUGUUGUUCUGCAAGACAAGUCAGAAGACCUUCCUCAUUGGGUACUAUCUGCUAUGAAGUGUUUAGCAAACUGGCCAAGAAGUAAUGACCUGAGCCAGCCAACCUAUAAGGGAUUUGAACGAGAUGUAUUCAAAACAGUUGCUGACUAUUUUCUUAGCCUUCCUGAACCUUUGCUUACUUUUGAGUACUAUGAAUUGUUUGUGAACAUAUUAGUCUUGUGUGGCUACAUCACGAUUCCAAAUAAAUCCUGUGGAAAACCUAGUACACGGAAUGACUUGGAGCUUCCAAAAACUCCACGUUUAAACUCUUUCAGAUCAACUGAAUGUCUCCUGCUAAGUAUGCUCCAUCAUGAUACUGACAAAAAAGAUGAAUCUGAGACUUCUGGAACUGUUUCUAAAAAGAUGUAUAGAGUUGAAAGAGGUUGUGGAGCAAAGUUGCAGCAAUAUAAUGUGGCCAAUAAAUGUGGCAGUGUUCAUGAACUAAUGGGUGGCAGUUAUCAGAAUCUUUCAAGACUGAAAAGUGAACAAACUGUGCCUCUCAAACUUAAGGCAAGAUGUUGCUCUUUGGAGGGAAUUGCAGAUACCACAGCAAGCCUGUAUAGUAAAGAUGGAUUAAAAAUGCUUUCUCAAGCUGGAGUUCACAUCAUGCCAGUCACACAAAAUGAAAAGCAGCUGCAUCGUUCACAGUAUAAACCGGACUCUUUGAUGGAUCUCUGUUCUAAUAAUAGUAAUAAAAAAAAAUUGGGUGGUGUCAAGAGAGUUUCUGCAUCAGGUGUUCCUGACCAAGAACUACAUAGUGCUAACUACAAGCCAAGGCAGCUUUGCAGGUCUCAGAGUUUACGUGAAAAUAACAAAUCCAGUCAGUGUGGCAUCAAUGCUCCAGUGGCAGAGAUCACAGUGAAACCACAUCCAGUAAACCACAAAACCCAAAGUACUACUAAAUUGGUUACUAAAACAGAAAGUGACCCUAAAGGUUCUGAUAUUGUCAUCAUUAAGAGACUCUGCAAAAGUUCCACACAACUUUCAGAAAACACACUUUCUCCUGCCGCCUUUAUGUUGGCUGGCCCAUCAAGUCUCCUGCAGCCUCAUUUAGAAAGAGUAGCUAUUGAAGCCCUGCAGAUAUGCUGUUUGCUACUUCCACCACCAAAUCGCAGAAAACUUCAACUUUUGAUGCGCAUGAUCUCCCGAAUGAGUGAAAAUGUUGAUAUGCCACGACUUCAUGAUACAGUGGGCACAAGGUCUUUGAUGAUACAGACAUUUUCUCGAUGUGUGCUGUGUUGUGAAGAAGAAGUAGACCUUGAUGAGCUGCUUGCCACCAGAUUAGUUUCUUUUCUAAUGGAUCAUCAUCAAGAUAUUCUUAAAGUCCCAACUUAUUUACAAGUUGCAGUGCAAGACCACAUAGAGUCUUUAAAAACUAAUCAGAAUAAAUGUCUUGAAGAAGAUAUGAGUGCUGUAUUUCCCACUUACUCCUAUUGCAAGAGGAUAAGUACACAAGAAUUUAAUGAACAAAAAAUUUAUACCUCUCAGGCUGCAGUUGCAGAGCUCUUGGAAAGCAUUAUUAAAGAUAGAAAUUUGUCUCUUAAGGAUAAGAAGAAAAAACUCAAACAGUUUCAGAAAGAAUACCCACAGAUCUAUCGGAGCAGAUUUCCAUCUACAGAAAGUGAAGCCAUGUUAUUUGAAGACAAGCCCACAAUUAAGCAGCCGAUGCUCACUCUGCAAAAGCCAAAGUUCUGUAGUCUAAGACAUUGAUUCAAGACUUGAAAACUCACUUGCCUGAUAUUUGUAAGGCCAUUUCUUUGGAAAAAGAAUAUAACGGCAUCUGUGAACAAGUAUGCUGAUAUGUGUUGAAACAGCUUAAAGUCAACAUGACAUCAUAAUUGUUUACAAGUGAGCCUAGCAACUGUAAAUAAAUGUAAAAAGUAUAAGUAUUAAGUGAGAUACAAAUGAAGGUGACAUUAUGUAUGGGCAUACCAGUAUCCAAAAAGAAGGAAGUAUUGCAGAAGUAUUGGGGGUAUUGAGAAAAUGAAGCAUGUGUGCUUUAACUCUUCAGUGUACUGUUUCCAAAAGGGCACUUUGUCUAUGGUUGAAUCUUCCGUAAAAAUGUUGGGGUUGGACCUUUUUAAAUCGAGGCAAUAGGUUUGAGUAACAAGACUCUACAUCUUACGUUUUGCACUUAUUGUAAAUCAAAUUUAAUACACACAUACAUAGUCUCAGAGAUGUGUGCCCACUUGUGAUGGAAUGCAGUGUAACAUGCUUUAGACAAAAGUAGUUAAGAGUAGGAAGGAUAGUGCAUGGUCACAAAGACACUAUAUAGAAAGUGAAGAUUAAGAUCCUGUUUACAGUGCUUGUCCUUUUUUGUGUAAGUGUAGCUUUUGGAAGAAGAUGGCUACCUUGCUUUACCAGCCAUAAAGGAACAGUUAAUAUCUUCCUUACAUUGUUACUGGUGCCACUAUGGGGUAAAUUACCCUUCAUGUUAUUGAACUGCAUGGCUUAUGAGCCCUUACUUGAUUCUUUGUACUGUUCUAAGACUUGUCCCUGCAAUGUCUCUAUUUUGUUAUUGUUGUUCAAUUCAUGUCCAUGUGUUCUGUUGUAAGAGUAGACUACAUUUUUUUCCUUUUUAAUCUUUAUUGUAUG